AUGGAGUCAAUUCCUCCUCCACCUCCCGAACAAUUAGCCCUAGCACUCGCUAUUAUCAAAUCGAAGCCAGCGAAUUUGGACGUCAGAGAGCACAUCUUACAAGUCCGGCAAUUCAUCAAAACAAGGAGAGAACCAGAAGCAUUUCGUUCUCCCGAGCAAUUCUUCGACAGCGUUGCAUUCUGGAAGCAAGCGCAUGACAAGUCAGAGGCGGAACAAAACAAACUGCGAGAUCGUGUGUAUGAGCUUGAACAAUGCAAUGAUAUGCUGUUAGCUAGAGUACGGGCUCAAGGAAAUGGGUCGGUUGAGGCUGCAUUGCACGGGUUGACCAAGGAUCGUGAUGCUGGGAAUCCAGCAUUGCGGGCUAGAACGCAGCUAUACCCUAUUUUGAGCUUGCCUGCUGCAGGUACCCAAGUAUCGAAAACUCUUGAGGAUUCCACUGUCCCAUUUAUGCGACAGUUCUAUAUCCUCCAGAAAGCUCUACAGAGACGGUCAACUAGCAUCAAUAUCCUACGCCCGGCUGUUGACUUAUGCAAAAGGUCUGCAGAUGAGAUCGAGGGCGCUGUUUCUCUGGAGUCGUUGAGCCCAAGCGAAGCCGGGUCCAAAAACGCAAACCUAACCCCUAACGGUUUGUCUCGCUUUAAAGCAGUUAUACAGGCAGUCGAAUCUGCUGCGGCUCUUCUAUUCCAGGCACUGAAGAAGCUCUCAGCUUCUGAGCCUGCCAGGCGAGAGACAAAUAUUCUCAUGUAUAGCAUUGUCGACUUAUACGAGGCCAUCAUGGGUACCCUGGAACGACACUGCAAGAUGUGGGCAUCUACUAGGCCAUCACCGCAUUUCUCAAGACUUUCAACUGAAGGUCCCAUGACAAGGUCAAAAACCAACGCGGGAUGGCCAGCCCAGCUCGAGACCGAGAAAGAAGGAGCCAUGCAGCUUGUUUCAUUGCUUAGCCGUAUGAUAACAGCUCUCGACCCAUCCCAAACUGAGCAGCAGAGCCUGAUCGAAGGAUUCCUGUGUAUCCUGCUCAGCCGCGUUGGAAAGCUUCUGUGCAUCUUCCAUUUCCGAGAUCUACAACUGCAGCCUGAGCUGCGAGCGGACUCUAGCAUACUGCCCCUUCCUGCCGGACUGGUCGACGCCGAGCUCGACAACCAGUCCCUGGACGCCAUGUGCACAGAAGCCAAGCAUUUGGUUUGGCUUCUAGAAGGAGCGUUGGCCGUCUUCAAUGCCUGUUCUCCUGCAUCGAACCCGGAAGCCGAGGGCCAAUCGUCUCGCACACGGUUCAUAUCUAGCAUCAAUGCAAGAAUAGAGAGCACGCUUGUGCAAGCCGUCUUCGGUGCGGAUUCUGACUCUUACGGGCCGCGUUUGCAGAGUCCUACCCUGCCCGAGAGUCUCAAUGUAGACAGGCUCUUGAAGUCUCACGGGAGCGCUCAAUUGUCGGUACCUGACUGGUAUAUGGGAGAGGUAUGGCGACUUAUGGGCUGGAACAUGUUGACGAGCAAGCUCCCAUGA